GUCAGUGCGGCUCUAGCUGUUGUGGGAGGAGGGUGUUUCGCUGAACUCCUCAAGAAUCCUACGUCAUCUGUCGACGCAUCCUUCACGGCUGGCUGGUACUGACUGUCGAAGGUGAAUCUGAAAGAGUAACGCGGAAAGUUGGCAAGAGGGCCCUCCACUGCCGCUCUUAGAAGGAAAGCGAACCCGUGACUUGUUUGACGAGUCAACACCUGAAUCAUCCCGCCGCUGGGGACAAGCGGCUCUUAUAAGAAGGUGGCCCGGGGACACCAGUCAGCAGAGAAAAGACUGUAGCAGCAGGUGCGGCUUUCCUUGGGACGGGUGUGCUGGCAUAAUAAGCAGGCAGUCAUGAGAUCGUCGGCUGCGAUGCCCCGCAGAAAGAAGCCACAGGCCUCAGCGGUAGUGGUGCUGAGGAAAUACCGGCGGCUCAGGCGUAGACGCCGCCGCUCGCUCCGCCAUGAGUACCACAAGCUGCGCUCCUUGCUGCCGGGCGCUCCCAGGUCGCCUCAGCUGCGCCGCAAGGUUGGCGUGGUGGAUGCAGCCUACCAUUACAUUUGUCAGCUCCAGUCAGCGUUGCUCGCCAAGUUUUCAGCCAGAGGCGUUCCAGCUGACCUAGCAGGUGUGGUGGGCGGCAAGGUGUCGACAGCGUCGGACGUGCGAGCCCUUGCGAUACACCUCAUCCAUUCCACCAACAUGGCCCCUUCAUUCAUGACGCCAUCGGCCUCCCGCGGAUUUUCUCCCUUUCGGCACACUUCCAGCGCAUCUUCCCAGUCUACAUCUUCACUUUCUUCUCGGAUCUCCACAUCGCAGCACUUGGCAAGGAAAUCGAACUUUAAGAAAUAAACAUCAAAAAAGAGACUCUAGCUGAUGGAAUUCGAGCAACAUUAAGCAUGAGGCUGAAGGCGAAAGGGACCGCAUGGUUUUCCUCCCCGCCACGCGUAACUGUAGGUUAUGUUGCUCUCCGAGAGUGGUUUCCCUAAAUGAAAUACCGAUAUUCCAUAAGCAUAUGUGUAGGCUCUUAGGUUCUCUUAUGAUAAUGUUCUUUUACGGAAACCCACACAAGCUUUCAAGUGUCGAUGAAAUAUGGAAAAAAAUAUAAUUGAUCUUCAGUGAACCUUCGAAAAGUUUCGCACGAAUACAAGGACCGUGUGAAAUGUGACGGUAUUCCAGGGCUGAGUGGACUGCCAGGAAUAACUACUGUAAGCUGCUGGUGUACACCAGCACAUUACUGUGUAGUGUAUUUCCACGGCACAUGUCAAAACAGUACAGCUAAACAGGAGCGUCAAGUUCAUUGCUACAGUGAUGCCUUCAAGCCACUACACUCCAGCGGCCGCGCGGGUGGACAUAGUGUAAGAAGGGCAGCCGUGAGGCGCGGCGCGGGACGGGUAGUGUGCGGCAACUGUGAUAUUAGUAUAGUUAGGAGCGCUUAGUGUUACCAGAGAAGCUUUAAUGUGAAAAUCAACCGUUCACGGCCUUUCGAAACACCUGCGGAGUUACUACGCGUGGUUGAGCGGCAUGGCAGGGAUAGAGGGUUAAUAAAAUAAAUUUAAAAAAUCA